AUGACGGUGGUGGGGCUCUACGUGCACACAUGCUCUGCAGUCAAUUGCCCUUCUCCUUUUUUUUUGCUUUGCUGCCCGCAUUGGCUUAGCCUCCAGGAGGGGAAUAUGGGGGUGCACGGGCUCUGGUGCUACCUCAAUAGCCAUGGUCUCUGCUCGGCCCCUCCCAGUGUGCGGGGCGACGCCCCCAUCCUCGAAGCGGACCACCUGCUGUUCGACAUGAACGCCGUCGUGCACGGCGCCAUCCGGGGAUCUGCCUUUACGUCGCGGAAAAUCAUCAGGGAUGUGACGGCCUCCGUGAAGCGUCUCAUACAGCGAUUUCCACCAAGCAAGUCACUUGUCUUCGUGUUUGACGGUGCCGCGCCGGUGGCCAAGCUUAAGGUACAAAAGGAGAGGCGUGUCUCCAUGCCGAGUCCGCAAAGAGCGUUGGAACCUCCUCCCUCCGCGAUACACGCAAGGUACAAUUACGACUACGAAGGGGCGGAGAUACCGCUCAUGCGGGAAGAGGUUGUCGCGGGGUCGGAGUUUCUUCUGGCGUGUGAAGACGCCUUGAGGAAGGCACUGAUGCCGAUUGACGGUGAGCGUGCGCCUGCAGGGGUUCCAGACGAGUGUGCGGUCGUCAUAAGCGGCUGCGAAGAUGCAGGCGAGGGAGAAAUAAAAAUAUCGUCUAUCCUCCGCGCGAUGUGGCUGGAGCAGAGGCGCAAAGAAACGUACACGGGAGAGGAUGUGAUUGUCGUCGUCGGCAACGACUCGGACUUGGCGUUGGUAGGUAUUGCAUGCACGCCAUACUCUCACUACUACAUGAUCGACCCCACUGACUGCACCAUCACCAUGAUUGAUGAGCUUUAUGAACAUUGGCGAAAAGGCGCCGCAAACGGACUUCUACCGCUUGGGCUGCUACCAUCUUACCGCAUAGAUUUUGUGUUUCUUAUGCUGCUUAGCGGCGGUGACUGGUACGAAGGCAUUGUUGGGCGUAGCAAAUUUCUAUGGCGACGCUACCGCGAACUCCGUGGAAACGGUGGCUACUUCAGAAGAUCUCUCAUACAUGGCGAAGACUUUGAGGUGGAUGUCGAGUUUCUCCGCGCCGUGAUGAAUAUGAAGGAUUCUUUGCAUCACAAGCUGCGUCAGUCAAAGAUUAAGCAGUUCACAGUGCGAGGGCGUUCCUCUCUGUUACAAGGGGAUGUGGAUAAUGGUGUGGAUCUUUUAAAAGGUGCCAUGUGGGCCUUGAAGUCAAUUUUGCUUGGGCGCUGCUUUGACUACGAUUUUCGCGUGUUUACCAAAAACCCCACAGUGGGGAUGCUGAAGGCAGCCAGUGGCGUAAAAAGGAUGGCUGAACGUAUUCGGCCCGAACCCAUUGCUCCGCUUCCUCUCUUCUCGCCUCUGGAGCAGUGUCUGGCGGUGAUGGGGAAACGUGGCCGGUACUCCGCCGAGCUGCUGCGGGUCCUGACUACCGUGAGCCCGGACGGCGGGGAGCGGCUGACACAGUCCCAGUCUGUGUCGUAUCUGAAGUCCGAGGUUCGGCGCCUGAUGGGCGCGGUAGAUCGAGACAAACUUACCGCGGGGGAACGCGGGUUGCUCCAGCUGCGGCACGCCGACAUUUUUGGUGAAGGCAGCGUACUGCAGGGGGCCGUCACAUACAUGAGCUACACGUAUAGUCUCCCUUCGUGCAGCUAA